AUGGUUACCCGGACUGUAGGCCGAUUGGCAAAAUUUUGGAAAAUUUUGGAAAAGCGCAUUUUUAUCACAAGUCGAUAUCGAUCUCAUUUAUACACAUACAAAGUGUAUUAUGGAAUAAGACCGAAUACAGUAAUUGCUAUACGACCUGCUAGACGGUUGAUAUUAAAGUUAAUGAGUAGCAAUCUUUCCAAUAUACUGCGGCGUUCACGCUUGGCCCAGGUUCCUAAAAUUGAUAAGCCGCUAGUUCAUGUUGGCAAAAAGCAUCAUCCAACUCACCAGGUUAUUGAAACGAAACCGGCCUGUUUACGUCGCCAGGAAUGGGGUUUGAAGUCAAGUAUCCCAUCAAAGGUCAAGUCUAGAUAUAUUAUUUUCAAUGAAUUAGAUACAAUGGAAAGGUUGACAGAUUUUGAGCCUAUUGGCCAGUACCAAUGGAAUAGAAUUAGGUUUCAAGAGAUGGGUAUAUCGCCAAAGUAUCCUAUGAAAUCACAAGGUAAUCCUCUUUUCUAUAAUAGAUCGUUAAAUGUAUCCUCUGAAUCGUCACCGAGCGUUUUGACUGGUAUUGAUUCAGCAAAUACUAGUGUUAAGAAGAAAAAGGUGUUGCAGCUAGUGGAAUCAAUGCGUCCGGCGUUUAAAAAGUGGUUGACGGAGGCAUAUCCCGAAGUGUUUAUUGAGAGAAGCAGGGUUGAAAAGAAGCAGCUGAAUAAGUACGCUUCUGAGUUCUUGUCUCAGAAUAUGGAUAUCACAAGUGCCGAUCGUCUAUUUCGUCAUGCAAGCGUUGUUGGUACUGGUGGUUUGACAUAUAAUUUGGCAGGUAGGUUAAGGCAGUCUCCUAAAGGUAUAAAACAAAUUAAUGUUGUUGAAGGAAGAAUUCUUCAAACCAACAAUUUGGAAAAAUCUGUUGCUGUUGCAGGUUUCAUUGCUAAGGCAUCCUCAUUGGGUCGUAAUGCUCGUAGAUUUGAAUAUGAAAUGGGCGAUUUUGUCAGAGAACACACAUUCCCAUUUUUAAUAAAUGAGGCUAAAGUUAACGAAGAGGGAAGAAUUGUUUUGGAUGUCAGUUUAAUAGAGGGAAGACCCGGUUCUCUGAGGAAAUCUAACAGGACCUUUGGGGUUCCCAGCUCCAAGUUACAUGUAUACCAAAGGGGAUCCAUCAAGGAGAGGACGGUCAGUCUAGAAGAAUCGGCUAUACAUGCUGAAGAGUUAUUAAGCAUUCUUACAAACUUUGAAAGGUGA